GCGUCACUCCUUCUGAGUUGGCAUUGCGAGAGUUGUUGGACUCUUCCAGUCCAGAUGCCGUAUCUUUGCAGGCCUUAGCUUCCAUUCGGAGAUUGACCUUUGAGGCCCAGACUUUGUGCAUAGCGCAAAUCAAGGCCAGCAUAGAGACUGAUGGCGAGCCCAAAGUUGAGUUGGCGCCCGCUGAACGGGCUCAGCGUAUUGCUGCGCAGAAGCGUAGGCUGGCAGGCUUCGACUUGACAGGACCUCUAGAAAACGCAUACUCCAACUACGUUUACGUGUCAGCGAUGGUAGAACAUGAUCACCCUCAGUGGUUGGAGCUGCAUCGUUUCAUUCCCCGCUCCCAAGAAAUUUCUCGGGAGAAACCUGGGAAAGAAGUCAUCCUCGAUGAAUCUGCGAAGUUGUCCAUUCGUGAUCGCAGGACUAAGGAUCGAUGUCAGAUACAGAAUGAGUUGCAGCUUGCCGAAGCCAUGACAAGGCGUGCCCUAGCAUGCGACCUGCUUCAAGUGUGCACUUUUUCGGUUAUGGAGCGUUGGCACCGAUACUUACUCAACAAGUUGUCCACGCCUCCGCCGCCGAACUAUAGACCCACGUCUAUGGAACAAGUUCUCCGUGCCGACCGUCAGGCAUGGAUUAGGUUGGCAGAAGAGGUACCGAGCCUCAAGCGUGACCCAGCGGGUCAGCUGCCUCUUGACCUUGCCUUCCCCCGCCUUCAGAUCGACCCACAUGUGACGUACUUCCUUCAGCCACUGCAGGGCAAGAGUUUCCUCAAGAAUGCCAACACCGAGGAGGAUCCGCCUCCUGCCGAGCUCCGCGCAAAUGUGGAUCGCGCUGGUGAGAAAUUCCUUUGUGGAUCCUUUCGCCACGGUGGCAUACAUGGUGUUUUCAGCGCUACUAGAGAGUUCCCUCUCAGUGUGGCUGCUUUGAUUGCUUUUGCCCGCAUUUCUAUGCCUGAUUUUCAGUUUUCUUCAAUUGCAGUGCAUCGCGAUGUUCCAACUUCUUGUCACAAAGACACGAAUAAUUUUACGGAUCACAACCUUGUUUGUCCGCUGAGUGAUUUUGCUGGAGGUGAGAUUUGGGUGCAUGAACCAGGAGGCUCGGCUAUGCGUCCCGUGAACGGGUCUCAACUUCCAGGUACAUUGCGUGAUGUGCGUGCGGGUCCUGUGAUUUUCCCAGCUCGCAACUGCCUUCAUUCGACCGAGCCCUGGACCGGCAGUCGUGUUGUGCUAAUUGCUUAUGCUGGUGAGGACCAUCAUGCUAUGUCAGUUUCUGACCGGACGUUCUUGACGCAGCUUGGCUUCCCACUGCCGCAGGAUUCAAGCACUGACUGCCCUCCUGUUGCAUGGCAACCUGAUGUUCCUGAUGACCUUAAGCCCUUCCUGAAUCGGGUUAAAGCGAGGAUUGCAGGCCGCCCGCUCUCCGGCGCAAUGCUCCCCGGCCCCUGCGCACUUCCCAGGCUCCCGAUGGUGUGCCGGAUCUUCGAGGUCAUGCAGGUUUCUUGCGACGGCUCCCACGAGCACCUUCCGUGGGGCAGGUUGCCUGAUGGUGGCUGGGCCACCAAGUUUGAGGUGGCUUACCCUCCUCUCAUGUGCAGAUGCCUUGCUCAUUCUUUUGUGUCCCAGCUUCAAGCUCUAGAUGCCAAACCGUUGCCACCCAACUUGCAUGCUGCCGAGCUGCAGCCGGCUCGUGCUGCUCAGAUUGCAGCGUCUCAUCAGCCGAGCAAGCGUUUGCCGCCCCUGGUUGCUGAAUAUGCCAGCGUGGUGACCGUUACUGGCCCAACUUCCCUUGUGCCUUCUGCUCCCAAGCUAGAAGCAGCUUGGGUUGUGUCUUCAGGUUGCGUGACUCAGCCUCCCGUGCAGCUACUUCCAGAGGGUUCCAAGCGUCUCGCGUCCUUCCCAGCCGGGGGUGACCCCGAAGGCCUUGAGUCGAUAAUCACUGCCAGUUUCGGUGUGCCAUGGUCUCCUGCUGACUUUGUGGCUCAGGCAAUAAAGUGCAAGCAUCCAAAACUUUUGGCGUCGGCCUUGCCUGCCCCACUCAAGGAGUGCAUUGGCCAUUGCGUUUCCAUGUCACCGGUGGAGAUUGCUAAAGAAAGAACUGCAAAUCUGAGACAGUGGAUGCUCAGGGCCAAAGAGUUAACUACAGCAGGGGAGGAGCCCUUGGUGUCCCCCCAUUGUAAAGACAUCCUUGCCAACAAGUCCAUGAAGCUCUUGGGUGAAAUGAUUCGCGAAUCGGGCUAUGGUGAUUCAAAGCUGCCUCGUGACAUUGGCAAGGGUUUUGAUCUACUGGGUCCCAUACCUGACAGCUCAGGGGUGCUACCAAAGAAAGCCACUUACGCCUCACUGUCGGUGCCUGAAGUUCGUGAGGUGGCUAGUGACAACCAAAGGUGUGUGUGUGUGGCAAGCCGUGCUGGACUCAGCCAAGUCCAUGUCUGCAGACGAAUUGGCGGUUGCUGCCGAAAUCUACAAGUUGACUUUGGCUGA